AUGGCAACAGCUGGUUCUCGUUUUGAUAUCACGGAAGUAAUUGCCUAUCGAGAAAGUCAAUUACCCAUUAAAAUUAAGUAUGAUACAUGGACACCUCGGCCCCAUUUCGUCAUCGUACAAUGUACACCACAGGGGAAGGCUGAUAACUAUGAACUUCAAAUGACGUAUGAAAUGAUUGGUCGUUUUCUUCAGCAAAAACCACAAUUUGAUGGAAACGCAAUACUCUGUUUUCGCCAGGGCCGAUGGAAUGUUCCAAUAACUGGACUAUGGCAAGUCCGUUUAUGUGUACCGAAGGAAUCAUACUUGAAUGACGCUAGAAUCGCAAUUAAGCCAGAGAACAUUCGUUAUCCUGAUAAAGACUGGAAGGAUCGUACAAAUAUCGAUAAUGCGAUGAGAAUAUGGUUCGAAGACAAAAAACGGGAGGGUGCUAAUUAUAAAAAUACAUGUAUUCAACAAGGACUUCCAAAUCAGAAUUUGAACGGAUUUGUCCCUUUAUCAAGGUUCAAUUUGCAUACAAGCAAAUUCAAUCUUGUUUGGACAUCUCCAGCACCACGUAUCGGCAUUAUUAAUCGAUCACCUCCUAAUCCUAACACAUCUCUUGCCGAUCUUUAUCAUUUCAUGGCACAAACCCAUUAUAAUAUUGAAAAAGAAUUACCUCGGUGGGAACAAAACGAGACUACCUUUGAUUGUCAUCUUUGUUUAUACGUUCGUGGUCAAUCAGGUACAGCUGUCACUUGUAGAGAAGGUAAAAUUCUAUCGGAAGAUGGGCAAAUAACAAUAAAUGAAAAUUUAGUUGGAUAUAUUCAAGUCAGUGAGUCUCAAUAUCUUCGAUGGUUACCGUAUGGUGCAAGAGAAACAUGGUUCAAUGCUUUUCGUGAAAGCGAACAUUUAGUUGAAACAUAA